AUGACUUCUCUCCACGCAGACGUCUAUCUCAACACUGGGAUCCCAGUGGUGCCCCCAUCGACGAUACCCGGGGGCUUUCCUUCUAUCUGGACUCCAUCCACGUCCACCUUGAUCCACUCAGCUCAUGAGGCGGUGCUCGUUGAUCCUCUACUCACAAGAGACGAAGGCACAGCUCUUGCAGAUUGGAUUGCCGAGACCAUCCCCAACAAGACCCUCAAGUAUGUGUACGUAACCCACGGCCACGGCGAUCAUUAUUUCGGGAUAACCCCAAUCCUUGCUCGAUAUCCAAAUGCAAUUCCAAUAGCCACCCAAGGCGUGCUUGAGCACCUGGAGGACCAAAUUGGCGCCGAUAUCUGGGCGAACUGGCAAACCUGGUUCCCGGGCAACCAGUUUGAAAAGCCUGACCUUUCCAAAAUCCAAGUCUUCAGCAAGAACCAGACGAAAGAUAGCUAUCCAACUUUCUAUCUCGAUGAACAUCCACUUCACGUUGUCCCAGUCGGUCACGGUGAUACUGAUGCAUCCACAGUCCUCUGGUCUCCUGAUCUCAACCUGGUUGCUGCUGGCGAUGUGGUCUAUAAUGGGGGCUUCCAGUACGUAGCCGAAUCUACCACACCCGAGAAACGCCAAGAAUGGAUUCAUGCUAUCGAAAAGGUCAGAUCCUUGAAGCCAACCAGCAUAGUGACUGGUCAUAAACGAAUUGGCGCUGUUGAUGGCGCGUGGACACUGGAUUGGACACAGCAGUAUCUCAGAACUUGGGGUCAGAAAGCCGAAGAAGUGCAGAAGGAGGGAGGGGGAGCCUUGGAGAUGUUUUGGAAGAUGAAAGCGGCCUUUCCUGACAAUACGGGGUAUUUCAUCCUCUGGCUCAGCUCUUUGGCUCAAUUCCCUCCUAAGAAGUAG